CAUUGGACAAGGAAUAGUCCCUCCAUCCAUAUGCACGGGGUCUGUUGGGUGUAGCAAUUCCUUAUUGAUUUACUGACGGCGGGCCAGGCCCUACGUAUCACCGAAUGAACAGCCGUCCAGAGUCACACGGGGUGAGGAAGCGGACGGCCAAUGCUUGUCAGAGAUGCCGCAGGCAUAAGAUCAAGUGCAGUGGCUCAGCACCAUGCUCUAAUUGCUCCAGAAGCGGGAAGUCGUGCGAUUUUGAUGCUGCAGAACCCUCAGUCUCAGUGUCCAGGAGGUACCUGGCAAACCUCGAGGAACGACUCGCUGCCUUGGAGGAGAGAUCCGAUCGUACUAGUGAUCCGGAGGUCAUCACUGAUCCUAUCAAUGCGGCAGGUCUCGGUUACCCUUCUGGAAGAGCAGAAAAUGAGGCAAAUGCUUCCAGACGGUCUGAUGGGCGUAAUGUCACGCACGGGCUGCCUGCGGGCUCAUAUGAUGGUCCACGGAGUCAUUUCGUGCCUGAUCCUGGACCGUCACAUUCAGGGAACGAGAAGCAACAGCCACACUCGUCACAAGGAGAUGUGGAAAUGACGAAUCCCCUGAGCGCCGGCCCAUCAGACACCGGCUUCAUCUCAGACAUCUCCUCCGGCAGAUCAAUCUAUUUAGGUACAUCCUCGAACUGGUCGUUCAGCCGACGCGUACUGGACGGUGCUCACCAAGCGGUUCACAACACUCCACUCAGGCGAGAAAGCUUCGCACUCGAUGGAGACGUUUACAAUCUGGGUUGGGACGGGUUGCGAGUGAUCAGUGACGAUGACAGGGUCGUGCUUCCUACGCUGAAUCACGCCAAGUAUUUGAUGCUGUCCGCCCAGUUCCACGUUGGAGAGAUGUAUCACUUGUUCCACGAGGAGACCUUCAUGUCAGAGCUAGUUCGUUUUCACGAAAAUCGUGCCAACGACGCAUACACGCGCACGCUCGAGUACGUCCACUAUCUAUUGGUUAUGGCUUUGGGCAAAGCAUGCGUUUCUCGAAGGCCGGGGAAGGGUACGCCACCUGGCCAAGAUCUCUUUAUUCAAGCGAUGAAAAUCCUUCCCGACAUCAGUCAGCUGUGGACUGAUCCAUUCACCACGGCAGAAAUAUUCUGCUGCGCUUCCCUUUAUUUACAAGGUAUCGAUCAUAGAUAUGGAGCGUAUUUGACGGUCGGAAAUGCGAUGCGUACAGCACUAUUCCAGGGGAUGCACAUCGACAUGCCCCUCAAUGCUUUCAGCGCAUCCCAGAUAGAGCGUGCUAGACGAAUCUGGUGGACCAUCUAUAUUUUGGACCGCGAGUUAACCUCUCUGAUGGGCCUACCGGUGCAGCUUUCCGACGAGAUGGUCACUACAAACUUACCUACGUUGAGCUCUAGCGAGCAAAGCACAGCUCUCGACCUAUAUAUCAAACUCUGCCGCCUCAAUGCGCAGGUUGUCAGUAGCGUAUACGGUCCCGACGGACGGCUCGACAAGAGAUUUUUUACUAGCACAAAGCUGGCUCUAACUCGAAUUGCUGAUAUAGCUGAGAAGCUCAGCAAAUCCGUUAAGCUCGUCUUGGAUGAUCCUGGUGAGGGUAUAUCCAGAUUGGCGGCAACUUUGCAUCUUCAACACCAUCAAUGUAUCGUUUUAACAACAAGGCCAUUGCUGUUCAGUCUUUUUAUGAGAAGAAUGGGGUCUCUCCAUGCAUCACCUACCAUGAUAUCAUCCCUGCAACGCUUAAGGGUUUUGCUACAAAUGUGUACAGACUCUUCCCAACAUUCAAUAAAUAUUUUGGCCGCAUUACAGCGCCAGGACUUUCUGGCAACUUUCGUGCCGUUUGAUCUUGAAGCUGCCUUUUCUUCGGGAAUCAUUGUGCUCAUAGCCUCGGCCGUAGAGCCUCUCUUGGUUGAAAAUUUAUCGGCAGAGCUGGCCAAGACCUACUGCAUUCUCGACGACUUGAUCGCGAAGGGAAAUAUGAUUGCAAACCGACGCAAGGCAGAGCUCCAUCAGCUGGAGGAACUCCUGAAUGCCUUCAAUCGGCGCCAGCUGGACCCACAACUUGGUGCACAAUCUGUUGAAAAUGCGGACUUAGCUGACCCAGGCGCUUCCGCAGGAUUGCAUUCUGAGACAAUAGGAGGCGCAAUCGCGCAUCCUGAUCAUGAAACGCCCUGGAUGAACAACAUACCAUACGACGAAUGGACGUGGGAAGCCGGGCUGGACGCGGAGCAGUUGAUGAACGUUGCUGACCUGUUAGAACCCGAUCAGAUGGACGCGUUCAGUGCAGACUUCAACUUUUGACAACCAUUAUCUCGGUCCCUAGGUAGCCAAUAUUCGAAAAGCAAUGUAUCAACGGACAAUCGUAGGUAGCGGAAGUGUGGUUUGGUCAUCGACCAGUCGACGCAAGAUACUAUUAAUCUGGCCCUUUUAUAGCAAAUGAUCAAACCAUCAUAGUCG